UAUAACUAGAGAUAGAUAGAUACGUUAUAAUAUCAUCGAGGUGUCGUUGAGUUGGGAGAGAGAAAUGGAGACGGUGGUAGGGCUGUGGCAGGGCGUUGGUAUUUGCAGGAAGGGGCUGGCGCCUCCACCGGCGCCUCAUCGAAUCAUAGCCGAAAGACGAACGAGUGUGGUUGUUUCUGCUUCUAAAUCACUUAACUGGUUACAGAAAAGCUGUAAAAGCUGUGGAGGGAAGGGAGCUGUUGAAUGUCCGGGGUGUAAGGGCACUGGAAAGAACAAAAAGAACGGAAAUAUGUUUGAACGAUGGAAAUGUUUUGAUUGCCAAGGAUUUGGGCUCAAGACAUGUCCCUCCUGCGGAAAGGGAAGAGGGUUAACACCAGAACAGAGAGGAGAGAGAUAAUAUCUUCUCAAUUCUCUUUCCUUUUUUUUUCUGCUUUUUCAUCUAUCAACUUAAGUUUAAUGGAUAAUUUAUCAGAAACUUCAAAGUAUAUUACGUUGUUUGAAUUAUAGAAGCAGCACAGGAGAAGUUACAUACAAAUAAAGAAGAUAAAACUUGUGAAGGAUGCAUGCAAAAUGAUGUUAUCGUAUGGGAAAAUAUGUUGUGGUGAGGAAUAUUAAUUACAAAAAUUAUUUUGAGCCAUGUAAUAAUUUGAAUAAAAUAAUAAACUUAUAUAUUUUGAUUGA